UAGUUUUAUCCCGACGGUCCCAAGCAGCUGGCUGCUCCUUUGACCUUCAACUCCGGCGCCGCCGUACGUCGCCGAGACCCUGAUGGGCCGGCCGGCGCGCUCCCGGUCUCCGGCCACCGUGCCGCCUCCGCCGACUACCGAACUUCGCUCCACCAAGAUCUCAUUCCGCUCCCGUAAGAUCGUCAAGACACCACCGGGAAAACCCCUCACAACGGCCGCCGGGGCACCACCGUUAACGGCGCCGGCGCCUUUACUUCCAGUGCUGCCGGCGCUUUCCUCGCCGGGAGCGAUAGCUGCCGCGCUAAGCCACCUCCAAGCUGCGGACCCCCUCCUCUCCGCGGUCAUCGCCUCCACUGAGCCCCCCACCUUCGCCGCUUCUCCCUCCCUCCCCGCAUUUCACUCCCUCGCACGCUCCAUUCUCUACCAGCAGCUCGCGACCGCCGCCGCCAACGCCAUCUAUGCUCGUUUCCUCGAACUCCUCCCUGCCGCAGUCUCCGACGGGGUAACCCCUGCCGCGGUCCUUGCCCUCGCCACUGCCGACCUGCGCACCAUCGGCGUCUCCGGCCGCAAGGCCUCCUACCUCCACGACCUCGCGACCAGAUUCGCAGCCGGGGAGCUUUCUGAUUCCGCCGUCGCCGCCAUGGACGAAUCUGCGCUCCUCGCCGAGCUCACCAAAGUGAAAGGCGUUGGCGAGUGGACAGUCCACAUGUUCAUGAUCUCGCUGCAGCGCCCCGACGUGCUUCCGUGCGGCGACCUUGGCGUUCGUAAGGGCGUGCAGGAGCUGUACAACUUGAAGACCCUGCCCAAGCCAGAGGAGAUGGCGGCAUUGUGCGAGCGGUGGAGGCCCUACCGGUCAGUCGGCGCGUGGUACAUGUGGCGCCUCAUGGAGAGCAAGGGCGCUGCAGCCAAGAAGAAGAAGAAGGGUAAUGCGAGCUCUUAGUUAGGUAUGUAAUGUCAAUAUGCCAUGUAUGUCAUGAUCUUAUGUAUUUGCUGUCCCAGGUUGUUAGAUUUAAUCAUUUAGAUGAUUCUGGGGUAGACGGUGACCAAGAUUUGUGAAUUGUUGCGGCUCUGUCUGUCCUUGCAGAGCUGCAACCGAAGUCAAUUGCUAACACGCUUGCCAUUGUAUUAGAUAUUCAAAAUCGAUGCUACUAUGCUUGUAAGCUUGUACCGCUGAGCAUAAUAAUUUGAGGGUUUCUUUCCUGAUUCUUGUUUAGAGAAACAGGAAUUUUGUUGUUGGAAAAUGAUA